UCAAAUUCGAACCUUAAGAGAUCUACCAGACAUCAGCUUACGCUACUGUCUUUUAUUCUAUCUCUCACUUAGUGGCGGCUCUAAUUUUCUUUUAAAUUAAUUUUUUCCUUUCUCUGAUAAAAACCCUAAUUUGGAAAUUGAUUAGAUUUAGAAAAAUUUCUAGGGGAGUUUUGUAUAAUAAUAAUGGGGGAUUCAACUGGGCAUAAACACAAACACUUGGAGUUAACAUUGGCGGCUGUUUCUGAACUGUCUUCCUCUUCAUCGGUUUCUUCUUCUUCUUCGACACCGGUGAUUGCUCGAUUCAGUGCUGAUGAUGGAGUUGCCGCGCUUCGGUUUCAUCAAGGUUCGGAAUUUAUUGACGGGUUAAAUGUCGAUCUUGGAACCUCUCAGCUCUUCAAGUUGGGACCUCUUCAAUCACUUUGUGUCUCAGAGAGUGCUGAUACCAAUAAAGAGAAAUCAUAUUCUCGGGGAGUCUCCAUCCAGUUUAGAAAUGAGGAGGAGAGCAGGGACUUCCAUUCUGCAUUCGAACAAUGGCAGAUGGAAAGCAAAGGAACACAUUUGCCUAAUGGAGACAUUUCUGUUUCUAAGAGCAAGUUCGAUAAUAAAAUUGAGUCAUCUUCUGCUAAAAUGUACUUCCAUUAUUAUGGACAAUUGCUACAUCAACAGAAUAUGUUACAAGAUUAUGUGAGAACAGGAACCUAUUAUGCGGCUGUAAUUGAGAACCGAGUGGAUUUUACAGGUCGUGUGGUGGUUGACGUUGGUGCAGGCAGUGGUAUUUUGUCAUUAUUUGCUGCACAGGCUGGUGCAAAGCAUGUUUAUGCUGUUGAAGCUUCUGAAAUGGCAGAUUAUGCUCGUAAACUUAUCACUGGGAACCCGACAUUAGGUCAACGAAUUACUGUAAUUAAAGGCAAAGUUGAGGAAGUUGAGUUGCCGGAGAAAGCUGAUAUUCUCAUCUCUGAACCAAUGGGCACCUUAUUGGUUAAUGAGAGAAUGUUGGAAUCCUAUAUAAUUGCAAGAGAUCGGUUUCUUGUACCUAAUGGGAAAAUGUUUCCUUCGACUGGAAGGAUACAUAUGGCUCCUUUCAGUGAUGAAUAUUUAUUUGUUGAAAUUGCAAAUAAGGCUCUUUUCUGGCAGCAGCAAGACUAUUAUGGUGUGGAUCUGACACCGUUAUAUGGGUCUGCAUUCCAGGGAUAUUUUUCUCAGCCUGUGGUGGAUGCUUUCGAUCCGAGAUUAUUGGUGUGUCCUCCCAUGUGCCAUGUUCUCAGCUUCAAUGAAAUAAAGGAAGAGGACUUGUAUGAAAUAGAUAUUCCCUUGAAAUUCACAGCAUCUGUCGGGACUAGAGUCCACGGGUUGGCCUGUUGGUUCGAUGUUCUGUUCAAUGGAAGUACCGUGCAAAGAUGGCUUACGACCGCCCCUGGUGCACCUACAACACACUGGUACCAGAUACGAUGUGUCCUCUCACAGCCGAUUUACGUUAUGGCCGGGCAAGAAAUAACAGGCCGACUUCAUAUGAUUGCCCAUAAUGCUCAAAGUUAUACCAUAUAUCUAGCAUUAUCAGCUAAAAUGUGGGGUCCCGGGGCAGAACAAGGAGGAAUUAUUCAGACAUCAUCUUGCAAACUCGAUCUCAAGGAGCCAUAUUACCGUAUGUCACAGCCGCAACCCUACACAACGGCACAAGACCAGCAACCACAUCAGUUACUACAGGCUCAGGAUAUGCCGCCAAUCCACACCGAGGAUCUGGAUUUAGAGGAACUUGAGUUGCUGCAGCAACCAUCGGACCUUUAGGAGCUCAGCAGCACCAAUAAGUGAUGAAAUUAGAUUUUAGAUUUUCUAGAGGAUUCUAACAGGCAUUUCAUCUGUAACAUAAAUUUUGGUUUUUUUUUUUUUUUACACUGGUAAUUGCUAUGGUUUCGCUUAUAUUAUAUCAACUCUUCUUUGGAUCGUUUCUACCAUUUGUUUCUGGUCAUUGUAAAUUAAAACUGAUAUGCUCUACUCGAUUUCAGGCAUGUUCAUGUCUCGAUACAAAUAUGAUCAAAUUUGUACAUGCAUUUUGGAGA